AUGGCGAAUGGCGAAACGAGGAGCAAUCCAAACACGCGUACGUUGGCGGGUUUCUUGAUGUUGUUCUACUACUCUCAGUCAGUUUCCAUCUCAAAAUUUUUUUUAGACGGAAAAAAAUUUACAAGCAGAAAAUUUCAUAUUUUAUUACCAACGAACGAUCGUGCCGAAAAGAGGCGGAUUCAAGAACAGACAAGUUGGCAAGUUUCAUGAAGUGAUUUGACUGCCGUCAGUCACUUUCCAUCUCAAAAUCAUUUUAAGAUGGAAAAAAUUCUACAAGCCGAAAAUUUCGUAUUUCAUUACCAAAGAAAAUCGCGCGACUGCGGGGACCAUGUGGUUUGGCUAGUUUCUAUGUUAUUGGCGAUACAACAUGAUUUUCAAUACGCCCAUCUCCCACCCGCGGAAAAAUCGUUUUUACUCCGCCUAGAAAUAUUUAAUUUUCCAGUGUUAUUCUUCUUUUUAUCUAAUUUUGAUUAAUUGAAAAUUUGUCUCCUAUUUUCCCCUUUGGCUCUCUCUGGUUUGAUCAGGAAUGUGUCACCACUUCUCAGAAAAAUAAAAUGUGAGAUUUUCUAAAAGGCACUGGUGCUAUGUCAUAAAGCUUAUAUAUUGGUGUUAUUUUUCUGCAGAUUUUAGGUUGGUGGAAAGUGGAAAAAAGAGAUGCAUCUCUUUCAACAACACCUAUUCACUUAUGGUACGAGGAAACAGUGUCAGCUUCGUGGUGAGUGAAAACACUAGUAUAAGAAACUCCCUCAACAGGCUUACAAUUGCGAAACAAUCAUUCUUUUUAAAAAUGGACCUUCCGAUUAUCCUUUACCGCAACACAGGUGGCCCAAGCUCACUACAGGAACCCGGACGUGACUCUUGCUUGCGAGCGGUGUUGUGUUACAACUGCGGUUAUUUACAAAAGCUAAUAUGGGAUGUAAACGGUUUUUUUUUUUAAAGAGAAAGAGAAAAAAUGUUAUGUUUUUAAAGAAAAUCGACUUACCUUAUUGCCUUGUUGUAUUCUUUGUUUUCGGCGAGUUAGCGCUAUUUUGGUGUUCUACUGCUAAGAGAAAGACGAGGCAGAACAGUGAUUUCCGGAUUGUCCGUCUCUCAAGGCGAAUAAUUCCGCUGGAAAAUUACCCCCGGCCUCAAUUCCUCCAGAAAUUCAAAGCAGAGAUGUCGCAGUUCCAUGUCGUCCAUUCACUCGAUUCGUAAUUCCUCAAACAGAACGUUUACUGGCGAUGCUUUUAUCUCUUGCUCGAUCGGCUUCCGCAUUUCGGGCUAGACUCUUCCAAACUGCCGUUCAGGAAUUGCGAAUCGAGUGAAUGGACAUGGAACUGCAACUUCUCUGCUUUGAAAUUCUGGAGGAAUUGGGGCCGGGGGUAAUGUUCCAGCGGAAUUAUUCGCCUCGAGCGACGGACACUCAGGAAAUCACUGUUCUGCCUUGACUUUCUCUUACCAAUGGAACACCAAAAUAGCGCCUUGGUAACUCGCCGAAAACGCUUCAAAACGGCCUGAGACGUGAGCAAACAACAAAGAAUACAACAAGGCAAGGUAAGUCGAUUUUAUUUAAAAACAUAACAUUUUUCAGCUGAUUUUUUCUUGCUUUUACAUCCCAUACAAGCUUUUGUAAAUAACCGUUUGUAACACAACACCGCUCGCAGGCAAGAGUACCAUGCGAGCAGAGAAAAGCAAGAGUCACGACCGGGUUCUUGUAGUGAGCUUGGACUGCCUGUGACCGCAAUAGAUUUGAUAAAUAGGUUCCCGAUAAUUCAAACCUUCAAGGGAAAUCGAGAGGAAUGAAAGUAUCAACCACACUCCACUUCAAGGGCAACAAGAAAAAUAUACCGUAAAAUUCCGAAAAUAAGCCCCGGUGCUUAUAUUUUUCAAAUGCCCUUUUCGAGGGGCUUAUUUUUGGAGGGGCUUAUAUUCGGAGGGGCUUAUCUACGGAGGGAAAUUUGCGUUUCAAAAUCGAUUGCUUCCUUACAGUUGGAAGUAAAUUUACCGUUUUUGCUUUGUUUUACUUUGUAUUUGAGGGCAAUUUUCCAAGUACAAGCUCCUGGGGGCUUAUAUUUGGAGGGGCGAUUUAACGGAGGGUUUUUUGCGUUACCGGUUUGGGGGGCUUAUAUUUGGAGGGGCUUACAAAUAAAGGGGCUUAUUUUCGGAAUUUUACGGUAUAUUUUUUUGGAAAAAAAAGCUUGAUUAAUCAGUACAAGGAUAAACAUUAUAUUUAAAUUAGACUAAAUGAAAAAGUAAACAAUACACGGUUGUUUUGAAAUAAAUUCAAUGUUUUGAAACGCAGUUAAAUUGUUUUUUUUUUUUCGCCUAACGUCACGCGCUUAAAACUAUGGUUGGAGUUAUCGAGGGUGAAAUAAUUGUAUAGAAUGAUGAGAAGGGAAACAAAAAUUACUUCGAGGUAGCGGGAGGUAAGAGUUAUCAGGAGUCGACUGUAUUCUUGAAUUACCCUAAUUUGUAAUUUUCUGGCUUAUUGUAAGAGUCUAUCGUAAAAAAAUAAAUGAACAAAUCAAUAAAUAAAUAACAAUAACAAUAAUAAUAACAAUUAAUUUUUUAUCUGUUGCUUUCACAGAAUGUUUCCUGUGAAAAAGGAGGCAAAAACGUUUGGUUUAAAUUUGAGAGGUUGGGCAAUCACUCAGAUAGCCAUCAUGGGUUUUCCAUACGAAAUAGGACGAUGUGUCUUACCAGCAGUCGUAAUGGAACCUUGUCUGUAGUGAAAGUUAACCCAACUGUAGAAGUCGACCGAAACUGCUUCUUUAAACGGGAAAUUAUUAGAUGA